AUGGCGGUACCCACGAGCACCAACCCAGCACAUGCCUACUUUGAGAGCUUCCUGCAGGCCCAGCUGUGCCAUGAUGUGCUGAGCAGCUUCCAGGGGCUAUGUGAGACCCUGGGGGUAGAGGCUGGCGGGGGGCUGACCCAGUACCACAAGAUCAAGGCUCAGCUCAACUACUGGAGUGCCAAGUCCCUGUGGGCCAAGCUGGACAAGCGAGCUAGCCAGUCUGCUUACCAGCAGGGCCAGGCCUGUAUCAACACCAAGUGCCUGGUGGUGGGAGCUGGGCCUUGUGGACUACGGGCUGCAGUGGAGCUGGCACUGCUGGGGGCCCGUGUGGUGCUAGUGGAAAAGCGCACCAAGUUCUCUCGUCACAACGUGCUCCAUCUCUGGCCUUUCACCAUCCAUGACCUGCGGGCACUAGGUGCUAAGAAGUUCUACGGACGCUUCUGCACAGGCACCCUCGACCACAUCAGCAUUCGGCAGCUUCAGCUGCUGCUGCUGAAGGUGGCCUUACUGCUGGGAGUGGAAAUUCACUGGGGUGUCACAUUCAGUGGUCUCCAGCCCCCUCCCCAGAAGGGGAUUGGCUGGCGUGCCCAGCUGCAGCCCAGCUCCCCAGCCCAACUGGCCAACUAUGAGUUUGAUGUUCUGAUCUCCGCUGCUGGAGGUAAAUUCGUCCCUGCAGGCUUCACAAUCCGAGAAAUGCGAGGCAAACUGGCCAUUGGAAUCACUGUUAACUUUGUGAACGGGCGCACUGUGGAGGAGACGCAGGUGCCCGAGAUCAGUGGUGUGGCCAGGAUCUACAACCAGAGCUUCUUCCAGAGUCUGCUCAAAGCCACAGGCAUUGAUCUGGAGAAUAUUGUGUACUACAAAGAUGACACCCACUACUUUGUGAUGACAGCCAAGAAGCAGUGCCUUCUGCGACUGGGUGUGUUGCGCCAGGAUUAUUCGGAGACGGAUCAGCUGCUGGGCAGUGCCAAUGUGGUACCUGAGGCUCUGCAGCGUUUUGCCCGGGAAGCUGCAGACUUUGCCACCCAUGGCAAGCUCGGGAAGCUGGAGUUUGCCAAGGAUGCGCACGGACGGCCUGAUGUCUCUGCCUUUGACUUCACAAGCAUGAUGCGGGCAGAGAGCGCUGCUCGUGUGCAAGAGAAGCACGGUGCCCGCCUGCUGCUGGGACUGGUGGGGGACUGUCUGGUGGAGCCCUUCUGGCCCUUGGGCACUGGGGUAGCCCGGGGCUUCUUGGCUGCCUUUGAUGCAGCCUGGAUGGUGAAGCGGUGGGCAGAAGGUGCUGAGCCCCUGGAUGUGUUGGCUGAACGUGAGAGCCUGUAUCAGCUCCUGUCCCAGACAUCCCCGGAAAACAUGCAUCGCCAUGUGGCCCAGUAUGGGCUGGACCCAGCCACCCGCUACCCUAACCUGAACCUCCGGGCUGUGACCCCCAAUCAGGUACGAGACCUGUAUGAUGUGGUGGCCAAGGAGCCCGCUCGGAAGAAGAAUGACAAGACAGACGCAGGAAAGACGGCCACCGGUGAGCAAGGCACCCGGGAGGCACUGCUACGCUGGUGCCAGGAGCAAACCGCCGGGUACCCUGGUGUCCAUGUCACUGACCUGUCUUCCUCCUGGACUGAUGGGCUAGCUCUGUGCGCCCUGGUGCACCGGCUACAGCCCAGCCUGCUAGAUCCCUCAGAUGUGCAGGGGAUGGAGGCCCUGGAAGCCACUUCGUGGGCUCUGAAGAUGGCAGAGCAGGAGCUGGGCAUCACGCCAGUGUUGUCUGCACAUGCACUGGUGGCCGGGGGGGACCCGCUGGGCCUUGUGGCCUACCUCAGCCACUUCCACAGUGCAUUCAAGAACAAGAGCAAGCCUUGUAGCCCAGGCUCUGAGAACCAAGGCUCUUCAGGGACCCCCAGUGCUGUACUAUUCCUUGGCAAACUGCAGAGAACCCUGCAACGGACCCGAGCCCAGGAAAAUGGGGACGAUGCUGGUGGCAAGAAACGUCGCUUAGAGGUAGAGGCUGAGACUCCAAGUAUGGAGGAGCCACCUGUUCCAGAGCCGCCCAGUGUCCCCCUAACGCCCCCAUCCCAACACCCCGAGGCUGGUGCCGGAGACCUGUGUGCACUCUGUGGGGGGCAGCUCUAUCUCCUGGAACGCCUCUGUGUCAACAGCCGUUUCUUCCACCGGAGCUGCUUCCGCUGCCGUGUCUGUGAGGCCACGCUGUGGCCAGGUGGCUAUGGGCAGCACCCAGGAGAUGAACACUUCUACUGCCUUCAGCACCUGCCCCAGACAGACUGCAAAGAGGACAGCACAGGCAGAGGCCCUGAGAGCCCGGAGCUGCCCACACUAGGCAAUGACAGCCUGCCAUCAGCCCCCUCAACACCCAUAGUCCCCCAGGAGGGGGCCAAUCCUGCUCCAAGUCCCAGCCAGCCCACCCGUCGGCUGAUCCGCCUCUCCAGCCUCGAACGUCAGCGAUUAUCCUCUUUGAACCUUACCCCUGAUGCGGAAAUGGAACCUCCUCCAAAGCCCCCCCGCAGCUGCUCUGUCUUGGCUCGACAGGCCCUGGAGGGCAGCUUUGUGGGCUGGGGAGUGCCAGCUCAAGGUCCUCAAGCAUUAAUGGCCUUGGAGAAGGGAGAGGAAGAAGAGAGUCCCCCUUCCAGUGAAGAGGAGGAACAGCAGGAAGAUGUUGCUUUGGAUGAAGACACAGAGCAGGCACUGCUGAUAUUUGCCAAGACGUCAGGCACCAUGGAGAAGUACCCAACAUGGCGUCGGACUGUGCUGCGCCGUGCCAAGGAGGAGGAGAUGAAGAGGUUCUGCAAGGCCCAGGCCAUCCAGAGGCGACAAAAUGAGAUCGAGGUUUCUCUGAGGGAGCUGGAGGCCGAGGGCAUAAAGUUGGAGCUGGCCCUGAGGCAGCAGAGCAGCUCCCCAGAACAGCAAAAGGCAUUGUGGGUAGAGCAGCUGCUUCAGCUCGUUGAGAAGAAGAACAGUCUGGUGGCUGAGGAAGCUGAGCUCAUGAUCACGGUGCAGGAGCUGAACUUGGAGGAGAAGCAGUGGCAGCUGGACCAGGAACUACGAGGCUACUUGAACCGAGAAGCAACCCUUAAGACAGAUGCUGAUCGGCAGGCUGAGGACCAGAUCCUGAAGAAGCUGGUGGACGUGGUGAACCAGCGAGAUGCUCUCAUCCGCUUCCAGGAGGAACGCAGGCUUAGUGAGCUGGCCUUGGGGAUGGGCACCCAGGGCUAG